AUGAACCACUACCCUGAAGCCUGGGGUCGGCCCAGAGACGACGUCUACGGGCCUUACGACAAUUCCUACCUCCAGACAUCUGCGCCCACGACACACACACAAUCUCCGGCCGUUACAGGGACAUCGGUGCUGGGAGUCAAGUUUAAAGAUGGAGUUGUCAUCGCUGCAGACAAUCUAGCUUCAUACGGAUCACUGGCACGAUUUACCGAUGUCAGGCGUCUACGGACAUUCCCCCCAAACACUGUCAUCGGCUUCGGUGGCGAUGUCUCAGAUAUGCAAUACCUGGACCGACUUCUAAUGUCACUGGAUAUUCGCGAAAACUAUCUCUCUGCUCACGGACACACCCUCAAUGCCAAAAAUCUGCAUACAUACCUGUCGAAGGUCCUGUACAAGAGAAGAAGCGAUUUCAAUCCGUUAUGGAACAUGCUGUUGGUGGCUGGUAUGGACGAUGACGACAAGCCAUUCCUGGCGAGCGCCGACUUAUUGGGAACCACCUUCUCGAGCCCUACGCUAGCGACAGGGUUUGGAGCGCAUCUGGCACAGCCUCUCCUACGGAAGUUGAUGCCUCAUGACGAAGACAGUGUGAAGGAUGUGACUAAAGAGCAGGCCGUCGAGGCCGUCAAGGCAUGCAUGAAAGUCCUCUUCUACCGAGAUGCCCGAAGUUUGGACAAGUACAGUAUCGCUGUGGUGACCAAAGACGGAGUCGAGGUCAAGGAAGACGAAAAGCUGGAGAAUCAGAGCUGGGCAUUUGCUGAUCAAAUUCGAGGCUAUGGGACACAGGUCAAUUAG